GCGUUAGGGUGUUUGUUUUUCCACCAGUUAAGUAACUCUACCGUGAUGAGUUCAGGAGUCCGGUCAGAGUCUGUCCACUCCGCCCACCCACCACCGAGCAGCUAGGGACAACAAACAAGUCACAGUCACUUCCUUCGUCUUUAUACGCUGCAGUAUGACUCGUCGUGUGGCCAUCAUUGGAGGAGGUAGCUCAGGUCUGGCCUGCAUCAAGUGCUGUCUGGAUGAGGGGCUGGAGCCUGUCUGCUUUGAGAGCAGCGAUGACAUCGGAGGCCUUUGGAGGUUCAAGGAGAACCCCGAGCAGGACCGGGCCAGCAUCUACCACUCUGUCAUCAUCAACACCUCCAAGGAGAUGAUGUGCUACAGCGACUAUCCCAUCCCUGCGCACUUCCCAAACUACAUGCACAACACACUCAUCAUGGACUACUUCCGCAUGUACGCCGACCACUUUGGGCUCAUCAAGCACAUACGCUUCAACACCAAAGUCUUGCAGGUGAAGCAGAGGUCAGAUUUUACACGUUCCGGCAACUGGGAUGUUGUGACGGAGGACAAGGAUGGCAUAAAGAGCAAACACAUAUUUGAUGCGGUGAUGAUCUGCAUUGGACACCACUGUCACCCCAACCUGCCUGUUCAGGACUUCCCAGGUAUUGACAAAUUUGAGGGCAAAUACUUCCACAGUCGGGACUACAAGACUCCCGAAGAGUGGCGAGACAAGAGAGUGGUGGUGGUAGGGAUUGGGAACUCCGGAGGGGACAUCGCUGUGGAACUGAGCCGAGUCACCAAGCAGCUUUACCUGAGCACUCGCAGAGGAGCGUGGAUCCUGAACAGGGUGGGAAACAACGGUGUGCCCCUGGAUUUGGGUUUUAACAGGCUGAUGACAUGGAUUCAAACAGUCCUUCCCGUCAGCUUCAUGUGUGGCCUGGCCGAGAGCCAACUUAACCGCAGAUUUAAUCACAGCCUGUACAACCUGAAGCCAAAUCACAGGUUGUUCAGCCAGCAUCCCACCGUGAACGACGAGCUUCCCAACCGCAUCCUGUCCGGAACUGUGCAAGUAAAGCCCAACAUCUGCAGAUUUCUCGGCUCCAGUGUGGAAUUUGACGAUGGAAGCAUUGUGGAGGACGUGGACCUGGUGGUUUUUGCCACGGGUUACAGGUUUUCCUUUCCAUUCCUGGCCUCGCAUGUGGUCUCUGUGUCGAGCAACAAGGCCUCGUUGUACAAGUAUGUCUUUCCUCCAGAGCUGGACCACCCCACGCUAGCUAUUAUUGGCCUGGUGCAGCCACUGGGGGCAAUCAUGCCCAUCUCUGAGAUGCAGGCCAGGUGGGCCACAAGGGUUUUCAAAGGCUGCAUCAAGCUUCCUUCUGUGGCUGACAUGAUGGAUGACAUCCAGUGUAAGGAGGACACCAUGGCUAAAAGGUAUGUGACCAGUCAGAGACACACCAUCCAGGUGGACUACAACGUAUACAUGGAUGAGAUUGCGGUGUUUCUGGGGGUCCGACCCAACAUCCCCAGGCUCCUGCUCACCGACCCUAGGCUGGCACUAAACGUGCUUUUCGGGCCCGUGACCCCUUACCAGUACCGUCUCAAAGGUCCAGGGAAGUGGGCCGGAGCACGUCAAGCCAUACUCACUCAGUGGGACAGGGUGGUCCAACCCAUGCAGACCCGACCAUGUGACAUAGCCGAAGCCAAGAGAUCGCUGAAGUGGUCGCUGAUUCUGAUGACCGCUGUGGGUGUGGCUGCGUACGCUAACAGGAGCAGCCUGUCUGCUUUGUUGGAAGACCCCACUGUGUUUUUCGAUAGGCUCAAAGUGAGCCUGCCUACAUUGGGAAACUAAGUGGUAACACAUAACUAAUCCAUGACAGUAAUGUGAAGAGAAGAGGGGGGUAACACCUAAAAACUUGAUUACUGUACACUAGAUCCCUGCCUGUUUGCCCCCCCCCCCCCCCCCCCUGCGUAUUUGCGGAUUAGUUUUGUCUGUUUUAAAUUGUAAAUGAAUUUUUGUGUAAGUGUUUUGGUGCCGCUAUCUGCAGGGGGAGAGUGCUGCAGUUGUGAAUCCAGCAGAGGGCGCUGUCUCACAAGUAAAUCCACUUAUCUUUCAACAUUACAAUGUUUUGGCAAUUAUGUGAUGUUUUGUAAGUACGGUAAUAUAUACUGUAUUCAUGUAAUUGUUUCUUGAUAUGUAAAAGUUAAUUUAAAAUUUGUAUACUAACUGUGUGAGGUGUAUUGUAAUGUUUUGGAGUGUCAAAAACAGGCUUUUUAGGUGCA